AUGGAUGGGAAAAUGACUGCACUGCUCCAACAGCUGCAGCAUGUGCUGGCAACCUGGGACGCCGUCAAUGGCGCGGGGGAGCCAGGCACAAUAGACUUGAGCCGCAAUAGGGGUGGCACCAACCACAAGAAUCUCUUUCUGGCGUCUGUGGACGCUGCGGCAGCUGACAACAAUGGCAACAACACUAAAAAGGACCACCAUGCUGACGAUGAAAGUUGUGGGGUGGUAGGGAAGUCGAGUGAGACGUACCCGCCGUGGCUAACGGAGGCCGAGUGCAACCAGAGUGGCAAGGAGGUGGUUGAGCGGCGUGAUGGUGAUGCUGCACCGGCCGCGGCUUUAAAUGGGACGGGCUUUCCUGACAUGUCUGUGGACCCGUCCCUUUCGCGGCAGCGAAUCACGAAGGUGGAAUUGGCAAGGGCGGCGCUUGCACUUUUCACCUCCAAUUCCGGGAUCUACCGGCCGAUUUUGCAGAAAACGCUUGGGUUUAUCUUUGGCCUUAUUGACGAGCUUCUGGAGGAGAAAAUGGAUCUUCCAUGCAGGGAGGAGACUCCGCAGAAUUUCCUGCCGCUGUGGAUGGCCACCGAGAAUGAGGAGGUGGCCACCGCACAUGAACGCAUGCGCAAGAUGGAGGUGCGUAUGGCAAAAUUAGUGGAUGAGGCGGCCACGCAGCGUGACCACCUAAAGGCGGAGAUUGCGGCUACGCGGGCACGGGAGGCCAAGUUGGAAGGUCUGCUUAAGCACCAAAUUCUGUUAUCCCACGCAAAAGGGAUGGCGGACGAGGUCUUUUUAGGCCCUGGCGACAAGGAGACGGAUGCGUUGUACGUGAAACGACUGAUCGCUCGCGCUGAAAAUGAAAAGGCGAUUGAUGAACUGCAGGGGGAGCUGCGAUUGCUGCAGAAUGAACGGAAUGAACUGAGCAACCGAAUCCAGCAACUCAUGGAACUAAAUGGCAAAUACGCCCGGCAGUGCGUGGAGCUGGCCGCCCGUCUCUCAGUUCUCACGGAUCAUAACAUUGCCAUUGCAGUAGAUUGUAAACGGCAUCAAAAUGAGGUUUUAGUCGAAAAACAAAGAAGUGAGCGGUAUCAAGUGGAAAUUCAAGUUAUUCGCAACGUUCUGGUGACUUUAUUCAUGAAUCGUUACCAUUCGGUCCAGAGCUGGUGGGAGUCUCUGCGUGAGAAGCGCAUGAAGGAUGCCACCCAGGUGCUUUUGAAUCUCAUUGAGGCCCCCAAUAGAUUUCCUUCCACGCCGCAGACCUCGGAGGGAAGCAAAACGAGCCGCCAGACCACAGACGAGCGGAGACAAGGCACUGAAUUGGAGGAAGAGGAUGAUUCAGACGCCAAGAACAAAGAAGCCUCGUCUCCUUAUCAGGGUGCAGAUGAGAGCAGUUUGUGUCAUAUGUGGAUUCCAAGUGCCGGCAACAACCCGGAGACCCCAGAACACCUGCGCUCCUUGUCUAGCGUGGAGUAUAUUCGUAUUAAUCCCCUUGUUGCAGAACGUGCUGUGUAUGUCAUUCUCUCUGAAUGGGGUUGCGAUGCUGAAUCGAGGCCAUUGGACAUCUUUACUCGUGAUUAUGUUUUAAGGGCAAUGAAAAGUAGCGAUGCCUCUCCAAUUUUUACAUUACAGAAAGCAGACCAAGCCUCUGCUGCCGAAGAAACAAAUUCACACCUUCCCAUCACAUAUGCACUUGAUGCUCUUUCUCGUAGCUGUUAUUGUGGAUCACUGACGUACGCCUUUGGAUUAGUGACAAGAAGGCGAGUAAACGCCAAUCUUUUCCGCAUGUUGGAAUUGGAUGCGGCCAUACUUACCUCCAUCUGUCGUUAUUUGGAUAUAAAGCGCAGUUUACCUGGUAAGCCGCGUGGUCUCAUACCCGUUGUUCAAUUUGCGAGUCUCCUGGUUGCCAUGUAUCCCUCUUAUCCGUUAGUUCGCCUGCAACAGUUACUUGACGCGGCUAGAAAUGAUGCCGGGAAUCAGAUGGAUUCAAUGGAGCUACUGAACUACAAUGUUCUACUGCCCGAGCGCUUGUUCCUGCGUUCCGCAUUCAUCACCGUGGAGAACGCCGGUGCCUUGUGGGAUACUCACUUCAAGCAUCUCUUGUAUAAAUUUGUCUGCGAUGAUGUGGAGGGCUCCUGGCAAGCAGUGGAAGAUGCUCUCUGUUUGUACGCGUCUCGCGUAAAUGUUGCAAGCGAAAGUCAACUCUUGUAUCAGGCGAUGAGCGAACUUCCCAAGGAGGGUAGGAAGUACUGGUUACCAUCCAUUCGGGUGGCAUUAUCCCGUUGGGAUGAUCUGAGGGCAGACACGGCCUCCGUGUUGCUGGAUGGUAUGCCACGCGUGCCGGUGAAGGCAGUGGCCAGUUACCUGCGCGGUCAGUUACUUAUUCGCCGUGGCACCUGCCCGAAUUCCUUGAGGGAGAAUGAAGAACUUCUUUCUGGGCUUCAAGAGCGGUGGAACAAAUUUGCCGGGAGUUAUGAGAAGCUGAAUUUCCAGUACUACGCCCAACUGGUUGAAUUUCUUGACGGGAAACGUCAUGCGGUGUGGGGUCCCGCUUCCAUGGCGACAGAUGAUGUCAUGCGUCAUAUUGCCCCCUCCGAUGAUCUGUCGGUGGGUGCGUUACUAGCGCGGCUGCAACGAACGAAAGAGACGAACAAAUAA